GCACUUGUAGCCAUUCUCAACGCAAUUGCCAGCGAGCCUGCUCCACAUUCACCGAAGGCCCAUUUGCCUUUGAGUCUCCGGCCGGUUACUUGCAGAUGCUGUCUCCCUUUCUCUCUCUCGAGUUUUGGCUGCAUCGUUUGGUUUGCCCCUCUCCGGCUGUUUCUGGUGCUCGCGUUUUGUUGCAAUAAGAAACAUUGGGAGAGGUCGAAGAAGCACGGCGUGAGCAGAGUGUGGGAGAGUGCAGUAGGUUAGGGUUACAGGUAGAAGAAGGCUAUCGCGGCAGGUUGUCGGGACUCUUUGAUCGGCAUUUGACAGGAGGCUCUGCGUUUGUCCCGGCGAUGUAGAAUGGUGGAGCUGGGGGACAAUAUCGUCCCGGGACGGACAUGUGGCGCGCAAGAGUGCUCCAUAUGAUUUAAGCGUGAGGAAGAUUGAGUCGUUGGGAUCCCAGCGCGAGGGUUUCUUAGGUGCCACAUGAGAUUGGGGAGAGCUGUGUACGCAUAAUUGAGUUGCGCAUAGUGUGCAGGGUCGCUGAUACCCACGGCGGUGGCUUUUGUUGCGUCGAAUUGAGGUUUGGAGCAUCCAGGUUGCAAAGCUUGGAAUACAAGUUGUCGGGUUGGGUGUGAGGGACAUGUGGAACGAGGAGGUGGUUAGGGUUACGGAUUAGAGGAUUAGUAGUGGUAGCGAGGUAGUACUUGGGGCUGCAGACCUGAAACUGAAUUUGUGUGUGGGCAGUAAUCAUCCUUGAGAGGGAGCAAUCGAUCAGAUGACGUCUCUGGGCGGCACUUAUUGGUGUCACCAGUGCACCCGGACGGUGAUCCCCAGAAACAGAGAUGAGUUGACUUGCCCCUCUUGCAACGACGGUUUUCUGGAGGAGAUCGACAACCCCGAGGGAGGUGAGAGUAAUGAAUUUAUGGGGCUGGGUGGCAUGCACGACGCGUUUGGAUUCGCAGGUGGCGAUGUGGAUUUGGGGGAGCGCGCGGACGCACCAGGCGGGGUGUCAGCCGGAUUUCGGCGGUACCAGCCGGAGUCUCGAGGGAUGCCAUUUCCGGGACGGAGCGGGCACCCCGCGGUGCUGCAGCUGCUGGAGGCGAUGUCGGCAGUGUUGCAGCAAAUUCAGCCUACACAGGGUGGGCAGGAGCCCGGUGAGGUGGACUUGGGCGGGGGUGGGAUUCGGGCAAGGGGGCAAGGCGGGAUUGUGGAAGAUGGUACUGGGGGGUUCAAUUCGAUGUUGAUGCUGCAAGGACAGAUGCAAAAUUUCCUCGGGGGCGGGGGCAACGUGGAGGUGUUUUUCGACAAUGGGACGGGAAUUCCUCGGAGGCUUCCUGGGAAUUUCGGGGAUUACUUUCUUGGCCCUGGGCUGGAUCAGUUGAUCCAGCAGCUGGCAGAAAAUGAUCCGAACCGGCAUGGGGCGCCUCCGGCGUCGAAGAGCGCCGUGGAGGCGAUGCCAACGAUUCAGAUAUCUCAAGAGCAUCUGGGUACGGAUGCUGCGCAAUGCGCGGUGUGCAAGGACGAAUUCGAACUGGGAGCAUCGGUUCGGCAGAUGCCGUGUAGGCACAUGUACCAUGCGGAUUGCAUACUGCCGUGGUUGGCACAACACAAUUCAUGUCCAGUGUGUCGGUACGAGAUGCCGACGGAUGACCAGGAGUACAACCAGAGCCGGGCUUCGGGACAGUCGAACCCAACGCCGACAGCAAGCACCUACCCGAUGACUACGAACCCGGGUAUGGACGGAGGGGGUAGGGACGGAGGGGGUACGUCCGGGGGUUUCACGUUUUGGGGUUCUCAGGGGCUAGAGAGACAGCCCAGCGUGGAGACAUCGAGCGGCGGCAGUCGAGACUUGGGAUCUAGUGCACCUACGAGGUCUGGCAGCGGGGCUCAAGCGAGUAGCGGUUCAGCAGCGGCAGCUCCUGCGAGCGGCGGAGGCAUCGCGAGGCGGAUCUCUUUACAUUUACCGUGGUUUCGCGCAGCGACAUCUCCUGCACCAGCGCCUGCACCACCAGAGUCUUCCGGGACGGGUGGAGGUGGAAAUCGAAAUCAGGGUUCUGGAAACCGGAAUAAUGGUGGGGAUGAACACAUGGAGCCACACCCAGAGUUGGACUGAGGUUCACAUGCUCCUGCUGAUGCUGAGUUUGCCGUCAGUGAUAGGAGCCUUGUAGUGUUGUUUCAGUUGUGGUGCUGGUUUCCAGCAUCAAGUCAUUUAAAGUGCUUAUGAUCGUGUUGAGGUUCGCCGUCUGUAUUAUUUUCUCCGCAGGAUGAGUACUUGGGAGCUACUACUGCUAGAUAUUUUGUAAUGCCGAAGGCUCGUAGAAUGCUGUCACAUAUUAUUUGAAUCUGUACUGAUUUGCGAAGGUAGCAGUCUCUUGCGGGAGCUGGGUAACUUCUAUGCUUGAAAUGAGAAUGAAGUGUGAGCUGAAAGUUGUGCAGAUGUAGCUGGUAUGAUGUAGAGGGUGGUUCUUGUCUGCUGUGUACUUGUCUUUCAUUUCGUGGUGACGCAGACGUGCAUGGUUGGCGAGCAUCAAAUUCGGCUUGAUGCUAUCAUUUUAUUUAUUUAUUAUUUUACUCUGCGGCUCAAAUUAUGCAUUGUGCGGGUAGUGUUCGUUCGCGCGACAGCUUAGUCAUUUUGAAACCUGGAGUGGCUGUAUGCGCCAUAGAGGGCUUUCUGAGAUUUAGCUUUUACUCUCUGAUGGCAGAUGCACUCCCCCUUUUUGUCUUCAGAUUAGAACGUUUUAGGGUUUGCCUUGUCAGGUAUUAUCUUUACUUCAGCUUCUUGCUGUAGUACAGUGUAAUCUUGGAUCAAUUUGGUAAAUAUAAAUGACUGCUUUUGACCGUAA